UUGCAGCUCUCUCUCAUUUCUUGGCUGCCACUUUCAUUCUCUCGUCGUCUCUGGCAUUGCGGCUAGGGUUUCUAGCGACUCCAUUUCUCUCUGUCUAAGAGAAAACAAAAGCCCUAAAGCGAAGUUUCUGUGGUUGUCUGCUGAAGAUCUGAAUCCAUGGAGUUGAGGAACAACUAAGGUUCGGUUGCUAUCGCCGGUUCAGUCUCUUUGAGUUAGGGUUCUUCGCGGUCGGAACAGAAAUGGCAACUGCUAACCCUUUCGACCUGUUGGGUGACGAUGAUAACGACGAUCCGUCGCAGUUGAUCGCUGCUCAGCAGCAGAAGUUGUUACCGAAGAAAGCCCUAUCUCCGACGCAAGCCACUGCUCCACAGCAGACCAAGCAGGCUAAGCUGCCCACCAAACCCCUUCCACCGGCCCAGGCUGUAAGAGAGGCAAAGAACGAACCUGCCCGUGGAGGCCGAGGUGGUGGACGUGGAUUUGGCCGUGGUGGUGGGCGUGGAUUCAAUAGAGAUUCAGUUAAUAACGAAAAUGCAUUUAGCAGCAAUGGAUUCUCUGGAGGGUAUGGUGCCCUUGAAGAGGGAGAUACUGGGAAACCCUCUGAAAGGCGUGGCUAUGGUGGACCACGUGGUCCUUACCGUGGUGGUCGUCGGGGCGGAUUCAAUAAUGACGAAGUGGCAGAAGGGGAGCACCCUAAGAGGAUAUUUGAACGUCGGAGUGGGACUGGUCGAGGAAAUGAGAUGAAACGUGAAGGAUCUGGUCGUGGUAACUGGGGAACUCCCACUGAUGAAAUCGUACAGGAGACUGAGGAAGUUGAGAAGACUACAAUUACUGAGAAGACAGGGGGAGAGGAUGAAACUGGGGAUACCAACAAGGAGAAUCCUGUAAAUGAGCCAGAAGAGAAGGAACCUGAAGAUAAGGAAAUGACACUUGACGAGUAUGAGAAGGUACUGGAAGAGAAACGCAAGGCUCUGCAGGCACUGAAGACCGAGGAACGGAAGGUGAACUUGGACAAGGACUUUGAAUCCAUGCAGCAGCUUGCUAGCAAGAAGGGCAAUGACGAUGUCUUCAUUAAAUUGGGUUCGGAGAAGGACAAGCGCAAAGAGGCGAUUGACAAGGAAGAGAGAACUAAAAAGUCUGUGAGCAUUAAUGAAUUCCUAAAGCCUGCUGAAGGAGGGAGAUAUUAUAGCCCUGGAGGGCGUGGUCGUGGACGCGGAGGCCGAGGUUCCAGAGGAGGAUUUAGUGGUGUGAACCAGGCGAGCAAUGUGGUGGCCCCGUCAAUUGAAGAUCCCGGGCAAUUCCCAACCUUGGGUGGCAAGUGAGAGAGAUUUAAGCUCUCCUCAUACUUCUCAAUCUCUAUUUGCUUUUUUUUUUAUUUUUAUUUUUAUUUUUAUUAUUAUUCCUUUGUCCGGGUUCUUCCUUUGUUUUUGAUCGUGAGGAGUUGGGUGAGUGGCAGUGGCACAGGAUAUGCACAGGAAUAAUUCAGUUUUUCCUGUAUUGAAAAGAGAUCGAUCCCUGGGAACGUUUUUUAAAUGUAAAUUUUAGGUGUUUAAUGUGUUUACAUUUACUGUUGUUUUCCUUCA